AGGCUGUUCAGAACAUCAGAUGCCCAGAACAAGAUAAAAUCGGGAAAGCGUUCAAAGACUUCUGUUUGAGCGAGAUUAAACGGCGGUUUGAACACAUUGAGAAAAACAAGCCCCUUGCCAUGGCAACCAUGCUGGAUCCUCGCUUUAUAAAAGCAUACUUUCAGGGCCCAAUGACUACGGCAAACACUAUGACUCUGCUCGAGAUGGAAGUGCGGCAGCUAAUGCGGGAGGGAGCAGCGGCGUGCGCCCGGGCAGUUCACGAUGCAGAUCCACCACUAGAACCGGCUCCAGCACCUGCAGCUGGGCAGAAUCAGAGUCUGUGGGCCUCUCACGCCGAGCUGGCUCGAUCUGCCAAUGCAGCAACAGCCACAGACGACGUCGCUGCUCGGGCAAAGGCCGAAAUCCGGGCGUACAUCUCGAGGGAGCUGUUGCCCAUCACGGCAGAUCCACUGAAGAGAUGGGAGGCCAUUAAACCACUUUACCCGAACCUGUACAUAGUUGCCCAAAAAUACCUGUCCAUUUUAGCAACGUCCUUGCCAAGCGAGCGCCUCUUCUCGAAACUCAGUUUUAUUUCAACUGAGGAGACUAGCCGUCUCACCGCCGAGCACUUAUCACAACGUGUGUUUUUAGCAAGCAUUGAAAAGGACAUGUGGGAAGCAGCUCGCGUUCCUAAAUAAUUUCUAAUGUGAUUUGAGCAUUUAAAGUUAAUUGUAAUUGUACAAUUCCAAAGUUCCUUUGAUUCCUGAGACUGAUUUGUUUUUCUAAGUCUUACUAGUUAAUUUAUGUUAAUUCCUGAGACUGAUUUGUUUUUCUACGUCAUCCUUAGUUAAUUUAUCUUAAUUCAUGAGACUGACUUUAAUUGUCAUUGUAUAAAUAUGUUUACAAUUCCAAAGUUUCAUCUAAUUCCUGUAAUGGGUUUGAUUUUCUAUGUCUUAUACUACUGACUUUUGCUAUACUUUUAUUAAAAUACAUCUUGUUUGAAAAAUUGCAUUUUAAAUUAAAUUUCCCACCUUUAAAUCGGAUUUCUAGUGCCGCCACGGGAAUGACCGAUAUUUUAUUCGAUAUUUCCUAUUAUCGAUAUAUUUUGUGCAAUAUAUCGAUACUUUAAGUAUCGAAAUCUGCGAAUAUCGAUAUCGUAAAUAUCGAUAUUUUUCAUUCAACUGGCCA